CAUCCGUUUUCCAAGCUUCCCGAGAGAGAGAGAGAGAAUAGACGACGAUGGGGAGGUCACGAAGGAAGUACAGGAGGUCAAGGCCGAAGGUGCGGGUCGGGUUGCCAAAGAAACACCCUCACGUAUUCAAGCCGGCCUUCAAUCUUCCCCCGAAGCUCCGAACUCUGUUGGAUCCCCACUCUUCCAAGUGGGACGACACAGCUAGCGUCAUCCACAAUUACAAGUCAUUCGGCGUCGUUUCUAACCCCAACCUGCUCAGCGUACGCUCUCGCACCUCCCACAUCAUAGAAACCGAUUCUCUUCAGGUCCCACCGCCGCCUCCAUCCGACGACUCCAACGCCUUCGAUUCCGGGAGCGAUCUCGAAGAGGAUGAUUUAAAGACAGCACUUGGGAAGAAGCGCAGUGAUGGGAAAAGUGCACCAUUGCAACCUCUAACUACCAUGCAGCGCUAUCACAUUGGGCGACUUAUAGAUGAAUAUGGGGAGGACUAUGAGAGCAUGUUCAAGGAUACAAAACUAAACAAGAUGCAGCAUUCAGUAGCAACGCUAAAGAACUUGUGCAGAAGAUAUCACACCUGUCAAGGGAAAAAUCCUUUAAUUAAGAAGUAAGAAGGGAACAAUUGAAGUUUGCUACAGAAUACCAGUAGCUUUUGCUGCCACGGGAUGCACAUUGAUUUGUUUUUGACUGAAAAUGCCAGCACCCCUACUGUUGGAUGUUUGCAAUACAUAAAUGAUUAGCUUACUGAGUAGAAGAUGAAUCUUUUUAACGACUGAUCUACUAAAAAAUUUCUUUCCCUUCUUGAUA